AGUACAUACGACUAAUACGUAAACUAUAGUAAUUAUGAGUAGAUCUAGGUCCAGACGAAGUGAGGCAAUUGAAGUCGAAGAUGUAGCCACGGAAGACGUGAGACCACACAGAAGUUCAAGAUCUCGUAGACAAAAUUUGGCAGGUUUAGACCUCGACGUGGACAAAGAUGAAGAGUAUGGAGCAGACGAGACUUCUAAUGUUAAGGAAGAAGAAAACGAUGAAGAGGCUGUCAAUGGAGAGGAAUCUGAAGAAGAAGAAGAAGAAGAAUCAGGUGUAGUUAGUAAAAGAGGUAAAAAGAGAAAAGCACAAGUGGAUGAUGAGGAAGUGGAAGAAGGAGAGCCUGAGGAAGAAGAAGAAGAGGAAGAAGAAGAAGGUGAAGAAGAUGAAGAAGAAGAUGACGAUCCUGAUAAUGAUUCGAAGACUCAAGAGACUCGAGCACCUAAGAAACGAGGUAGAAAAAAGAUAAAGGUUGUUGUACUUGAAGAAGGAGUAUUUGAUGAAGAAGGUAAUCCAUUAAAUGUUACAAAUGAUGAAGUAGUUAUUGGACAUGAAGAUGCUAAAGGUAAAGAAAAAGUUGAUGAAUGGGGGAAUUUACAAGGAGGUCGAGAAUAUCGAAUGAAGACAUUUAAAGUAUUAGGUCAUGGUAAAAGACUUUAUAUGAUUAGUACUGAACCAGCAAGAUUAGUUGGAUUUAGAGAUUCAUAUCUUUUAUUUAAAACUCAUAGAUCAUUAUUUAAAAAAGUAUGUGAUAAUGAUGAAAAAAUGGAUUUAAUUGAUCGAGGAAUUAUUCCAAAUUCUUAUAAAGGUAGAUCAGUUAAUUUAGUUACUGCAAGAUCAAUUUUUAGAGAAUUUGGAGCUAAAAUGAUUAAAGGAGGUAAAAAAGUUAUUGAUGAUUUUUGGGAACAAAGAGCUAUUGAUAAUGGAGAUGUAUCAGGAGAAUAUGCUGAUCCAAGUGAAUUUUUAAAACCUCAAAAUUAUAGAUUAUCAAGUAUUCUUGGAGAUUCAAAUACUGGUGGAGGUUCAACUCCAUUAACUUCAACUCCUUUAGUUAAUUAUCAAACUGAUCUGGCUUGGUUAUAUAAAAUUGCAUCUCAAACUAGUGAAUUUAAUAGUAAAAUCUUAGAACAAAGAACUCCAACUUUAAGAGGUAUUAAAGAUGUUUAUUCAAAUUUAACUUUUUAUCCUGCUAAUACUCAACCUACAAAAGCAGUAAUUAAUAGAAUUGGUGAUUCUGAUAAUUUAAAUUAUACAACUAAUAUUGUUAUACUGAAUCUUAACAAACGAGUUACUGGUCUUAAACAUAUUCCUAAGGAAAUAUUUGCUGAUGUAGAUGAAGAUAUUAAACAGGCUAUUAUAGAGCAACAAAAAUUUGAAGCUGAUAAGUUUUAGGGUGUAUAAUUAACAGUGUAUUAAAGUACUA